AAAUGGCAGAUUCCAUAGACUCAAAGCUCCAAAUAGUCAUGUUCCCAUGGCUUGCUUUUGGCCAUUUAAUCCCAUUUCUCAGCCUCUCCAAUGAACUUGCUAAAAAGGGUCACAGAAUCUCAUUCUUGUUACCCAAAAAUGCUGAAAUCAAACUUCAAAAUUUCAAUCUUUACCCUAAUCUCAUCACUUUCCACACACUCAAAAUCCCUCAUAUCCAUGGCCUUCCAUAUGGAGCUGAAACUACAGCUGAUGUGCCUAGAUCUUUGGAAACUCUACUAGCAACAGCUAUGGAUGAAUUGUCUGAUGAAAUCAAAUCUUUUCUUCGAAAUCUAAAACCCCAUUUCGUUUUCUUUGAUUUUGCUCAUUGGGUUCCUGAAAUAGCAACAGAAAUUGGGGUUAUCAAGACUUUAUGUUAUAAAAUCGUUUGCCCUGCUACAUCAGCUUAUUCAUUGGUUCGAUCACCGGAAAAGAGUGUUUUUAUGGCAUCAACUGCAGCUGAAAAAGUUAGGCCACCACCAGGUUACCCUUCUAAUACUGUGGUGCUGCACGAACACGAAGCUAAGUUGCUUGAGUUUCUAUUUCAAGAAUAUGGCAAGGGAGUGACAAUAUACGAACGGUUGUCGAAGGGAAUGACACUAUGCGAUGCAAUAGCUUUGAAAACAUGUCGAGAAAUUGAAGGAACAUUUGGUGACUACUUAGCCACACAAUUUAAAAAACCAGUCCUUUACACUGGACCUGUUCUUCCUGAUCCUGAAAAGGGGCCUUUAGAAGAACAUGGAUUAUCGAAUUGGCUCGAGAAAUUCGAACCAGGAUCAGUAGUGUUCUGUGCAUUUGGAAGCCAAUUGAUUCUUGAAAAGAAACAGUUUCAAGAACUUGUUUUAGGCCUUGAACUAACAGGUCUGCCAUUUCUGUUAGUUGUUAAGCCACCUGAAGGAACAAAGUCAGUAGAAGAAGCCUUGCCUGAGGGAUUCAAAGAAAGGGUUCAAGAAAAAGGAUUGAUUCUUGAUUGUUGGGUGCCUCAAUUGAAGAUUUUAACUCACAAAUCAGUUGGUUGUUUUGUGUCACACUGUGGUUAUGGAUCAAUGUGGGAAUCUUUAGCAUUGUGUGAUUGUCAAUUAGUACUUUUGCCAAGUGCUAAUGAUCAAACUUUAAGUUCUAGGCUGAUGGAACAAGAUCUUAAGGUUGGUGUUGAAGUGAAGAAGGAUGAAAAUGGUUGGUUUUCAAAGGAGAGUUUGUGCAAGGCUGUGAAAUGUGUCAUGGAUAAAGAUAGCCAAGUUGGUUGUUUAGUGAAAGAGAAUCAUAGAAAAUGGAAGGAAGUUCUUUCAAGUCCUGGUUUCAUGAGCAACUAUAUUGAUAGUUUCAUUCAGAAUUUGCAUGAACUUCUAGUUAAAUAGACCUAGAAUUGGCAGGCAGUUGAAGUUACGGGUUCAAUAUGUAUAAUAA